AUGUCAUCAGUGAAACGAAGGUGGUGCUAUCAAAGUGUCAGCACAUCAUCAAUCUCGAUGGGUGCGGGUGUAGCGCAUUUCCUGCUUGCUGCAAUCAUUUUUUCAACGAUGGUGACGUGUCGAUCGAUGCCGACAAACGCGUUCGAAUACAAAAGGAUGCUACAAGAAAUCAUUGACGGUGCGGACACACCAUAUCGCGUCUUCCCAAUGGCAAUGUUUCCGGAUCGGUUACCGGCUCCUGUAAAAACUUACUGGUAA